AUGUUUUUUAUUUAUGAUAAAGAUAAUGAUAAUAAUUGUGAAUUAGAGAAAAAGAAUUUAAAAUCAAUUAAAGAAAUUGCAAAAUCAUAUUAUAAUAUAGAACCAAUCGAAAUAUUAUUUUGGAAAUUGUUUAGAAAUAAAGCAAUUUAUAAAAAGAUAUUCUCAUUUAUGUAUAACCAAUAUUCAUUUAGUUACGAUUCAGUAUCGUCAAUAACUAAACUAAUAGAUUCAAAUCAAAUUAGUAUUUUAAAAGAAAAAGUUUAUAGAAAUUGUAGAUAUUUAGAAUUUGGUGAAACUUGUUGGCGUAAAGAGUCUGAUCAAUCUAGUUGGCGUAAAGAUUUAAUUUUAAUUUAUUUAAAGAAAUUAUUUGAAAUAAUUAAAAAUGAUUUCAAAUUUUAUAGAAACUUUUUCAAAAUUCAAAGGUAUUAUUACUCUUCACCAAUUUAUGUAUCAACUGCAAUAAUACAAUCAAAGAAUUUAGAAAAUUAUUUAUAA